AUGCGCCUCCUCACAACCCUCGCCCUCACGGCAACAUCAGCAUCCGCCGCCUCCCUAACCCUCUCGAUCCCCUCCUCCCAAGCCCUCCCGAACCCCUACACCCUCCCGCCGUCAACCCACGCGACGCUCUCCUCCCUCGGCGCCACCUUCUCGGCGCCCUUGUCGGUAAAAAACACCUUCGUCUUCCACAACCUCACCGACGGCGGCAGCAGCGGCUCCUACCUCGUCGACAUCCACUGCGCGACGCACGCCUUCGCUCCGUUACGGCUUGAUGUUGAUGCAGAGGGCGGGUUGGCCGCGUGGGAGACGUACCGCGGUAACGAUUGGGAUAACAAGGGCGAGGCGUAUGCUGCAAAGGACUUCGAGGGCGGCGGGAAGGGGUUUGAGGUGCGGGUGUUGGGGCAGAAGAAUUAUUUUGUGGAGAGGAGCAAGUUCUCCAUCCUCACUAUCCUCAAGAACCCCAUGAUCCUCCUCGGCCUCAUCAGCAUGGGCAUCUUCCUCGGCAUGCCCUACCUGAUGGAUAACAUGGACCCCGAAAUGCGCGCCGAAUUCGAAGAACGCCAAAAGAGCAACCCGAUGAACUCCCUCCUCGGCGGCGGCGGCGGAGGCGGCGACGCGAACCCCAUGGCUAACUUUGACAUGGCGGGCUUCCUCGCUGGUACCGGUAGCAGCAGCAGCAAGAAGGAAGAGACCUCCGGUUCCGGUGCCUCGGGUGGUGGUGCUGGCGGUAAGAAGGAGAAGGGCGUGCGGAGGUAA